ACAAGGGUGACGGUUAUCAGAGUUGCCAGUCUCACAAAUUCACGUAUCACGAACAACACUCUCGUCUCUCUCCCUUUCUCUCUCUACAUUUUGAUUCUCAAAUCGAUAGCUGGUGAUGUAUGCGCAUCCCUGAACAAUAUGAAAAAGUUUAAUAAUCAGAAGCAUCAAGCCGGUAAGGAUGCCACAGUGGAUUGUGCCAUGUGGACCGACGGACUAAUUUGUGCUUUUGAAGCUAAACGUAGCCAUAAAAAGUGCAGGCCACAAGAUAUAAUCGGGUGGAAAAAGCAAGGAUUUAAAACCGGGAUCGAUAAUUUAGACGAGCCGCGUGUUAAUGAUAAUAUAUAUACCACAAAUUAUUGGGUCCCGAUCGGGUGGUCCAGGAUUAAUCAACUUGUGGAGACAAUACAAGUGGACGGGUGUUGGGAAGCUCAACAUACAGAGUUUCAAAUUAGUGAUAAUGAAGUUACGGUUGCUGAUAUUGCUGCGCCUUACUGGGAGCGGCCUGGGGGGCCCACGUGGUGGUGUCAUGUUGAUGCAGGACAUCCUUCUGUUACAAUGUGGUUAAGUAACUCAAAAUGGUUACAUCCUGCUAUCAGUAUUGCUUUAAGAGAUGAAAGCAAGCUUAUAAGUGAGCGUAUGAAACAUCUACUUUAUGAGGUUCCCGUUAGGGUUGCUGGUGGACUGUUAUUCGAACUUUUAGGGCAGUCGGCCGGUGACCCGUAUGUUGAAGAAGAUGACAUUCCGGUUGUCCUACGAUCAUGGCAAGCUCAAAACUUUUUAGUUACUGCGUUGCACGUCAAAGGUGAUGCCACAAACAUCAAUGUCCUAGGAGUUUCAGAAGUCCAGGAGCUGCUUGCUGCAGGAGGUAGUAGUCUACCGCAAACUAUUCAUGAAGUUAUAGCACUCUUAGCAUGCCGCCUUGCCCGAUGGGAUGAUAGACUAUUUCGGAAAUACAUCUUUGGAGCAGCAGAUGAAGUUGAACUGAAGUUUAUGAACAGGAGAAACCACGAGGAUUUACAUCUAUUCAGCAUUAUACUAAACCAAGAAAUCAGAAGAUUAUCUUCACAGGUUAUAAGGGUAAAGUGGUCUCUACAUGCUAGAGAAGAGAUUGUUUUUGAGCUCCUUCAGCAUUUGAAAGGCAACACAGCAAAAUAUUUGCUUGAAGGGAUUACAAAGAGUACUAGACAAAUGAUUGAGGAACAAGAAGCUGUACGGGGACGUUUGUUUACCGUACAAGAUGUCAUGCAGAGUACGGUCCGCGCCUGGUUACAAGACAAAAGCCUACGUGUGACACACAACCUAGGAGUCUUCGGUGGCUGCGGUCUUGUCCUUUCAAUAAUCACGGGUCUCUUUGGAUUACUUUACCUUGGACUUAAAAAUCCCGCCAUGGAAGAGGAAGUCGAGGUGAGAAAACUUGAGCUACAAGAAAUCGUGAAAAUGUUCCAACAAGAAGCUGAAUCUCAUGCGCAACUUAGAAAAUCUGAUUCGAAAAACCAAAUGCCCCCGGUUCCUGCUUCUACCAUGCUCCCUGGUGGGAACACGAACGACAGUUAUGUUCUUAUGCACUCAGAACAUGAUUGAUUAAUGAAGAUUUUACUUGAAUCAGAUGCAGAAUUCGAGGAAAGUUGACAAGCUGUUUUAGUAAAAGGAUGAUUGGAGGACUGCUUUUGACAAUGGUGCGGGUGUGGGUGCGGGUGCGGUCUGUAGCUUGAACUUCUCUUACUUCCUGCUGUCGUGACUCGACUCCUGACGGUUUAUGUUAGUAGCUAAAUUCGCCAUCCAACUACGAGGGUGUUUGUCAAUUAAUACUUGAACUUUGUUCUUUUUUGCUUUUUAAUAAUCAAUUACCAAGUUCACCCACAA